UUAGAAUACUGAGAUCACGCAUGCAGGUGAAAGUGAUAGGCACACAAUUGGGUUGUGUGAGGAAUGAAGACUUUUUAGCUAAACCUCAAGGCAAUUGAUCUACUUUUCUCUCAUUGAUAAUUGACUUUUAAUCUGAAAAUAUUCACAGUCACAACCUUGGUCAUGAGAGGACUCUUAUUUCCAUCGUUGCUAUACCUUCUAUGGCGUACCUUUUUUGCCAUGGCAUCACAAUGUAAUGUUUUCUCCUCUACAUACGGUAAAUACUUGAAAAACAACUUGGUUCAGUCGAUCCCCAACACCAACCUCCAGAACUGCACGGAUCAGUGUAUUGUGGCUGGUUUCUGUAGAAGCACAAAUUUUCAUUUCGAAAGUAAGACCUGUGAACUGAAUAUUGCUGAUAAACAUGACUUUCCUAACGACUACACAGAGAGACAAGGCUACAGCUAUGGUGGAUGGCGAACGAAAAAGCCCGUUACGCAAUCUUGUUCAGAAGCAAAAGCUAGAAAACGAUCGGCCAAAAGUGGAUAUUACCUUAUCCGGACAAAGCGUGGAAAGAUUUUGACAGUUUAUUGCGAYAUGGAAAAAUACGACGGUGGUUGGACUUUAGUUGUGUCAGUUUCAGCCGUUAAUAAUGAUCAUCUUCAAAGAGAAGAAAACAACUGCGUUGUCAAUUCAAGUUUAUGCGUUCAGUACGAGACCACCGCUGUUCAAGCGAGAAAACUUUCUGACCAAGACAUCAUUGAUAUCAUGUCAGAAUAUGGAACGUUCAGAAUUGAUGUGCUCUCUGAUAGUCCAUACACUGCGUUCUAUGAGAUUCCAAGCGGUGCUCAGAACUUUGAUUCAUCAUGCACAGGUCAAGGACCACCUGCUUGUCCUCGAAUUAUCAUAUCCUAUCAUUAUCCGUACCAGUGGGAGAGCAACACAUGCAAUAACAUUAGCGUUGGAUACAAAAUCUAUGGCAGCGAAAUACAUUCUGGUAAGUUUUUGACGGACAUGAUGAUGCUGAGUGUGGAUCUAUAUGGCAUUCGUCCUUGCAUUCAGACAAACGAGCUUUGUAUGGUUACCGAGUCCAAGGUCAAUACGGGAUUUAUUCAGGAAAACAGGGACUGKUAUUUGUAAAAUGAUAGGCACGUGCGUCAGUAAAAUUAAGCAAAACAUUUACACAAAACAAAACAAAAAUUACGACAAAUCGAAUUUUAAAAGCUACAAAAUUGUGGACAAUUUAGAGCAAGAUUUAAAUUGGAUGAGUCCACCAAAAAAAGACAUUUACACAUUUAGACAUUUAGACAUUUAGACUAAAAGUAUUAUCACGUGUUUUCUCGGUUCUGGCAUAAAACAAAUGCUGAAAUACCAUUCUCCAUCUUAAAUCCUCAC